AUUUUAUUCUUUAGAUCAACUCAUACGUAGAAUGUUGUGAGUCUAUGAAGGACCUUAGCAGUCUCUUUCACUCUUCCUAGAAGGCCACGUGUCACAGGAAAACACCACGUUUCUGUUAUUACAAGAAUUAAGAGGCAUCCUGGAAAGAAGAUCGGAAAACCGACCUGCUGAGUGGAUGGCAGCACCAUUAAAAAUGUCUCAUCCCUCCUGGAAAUCCCGCAGCGAGUCAGCGUUCCCGGGCCGCCGGAUCUCUUCCGUGCUAAGGGCUGCUGUUUGAUAUGCGCCCCGUAAAUCCUGCGCUGGGACUCGGCGAGCGCUGGGCUGCCCGAUGCCUGUGAUCCCCAUUCCCCGGCGGGUCCGCUCUUUCCACGGCCCCCACACGACCUGCCUGCACUCGGCCUGCGGCCCGGUAAGAACCACUCACUUGGUGCGCACCAAGUACAACAAUUUUGACAUCUAUCUCAAAUCCCGAUGGAUGUACGGAUUCAUUCGGUUCCUGCUGUACUUCAGCUGCAGCCUGUUUACCUCCAUCCUCUGGGUGGCACUCUCUAUCUUGUUUUGCCUUCAGUACCUUGGCAUCCGGAUCUUUCUGCGUUUCCAGUACAAACUCUCCAUCAUCCUCCUCUUACUGGGGCGAAGGCGCGUAGACUUCAGCCUCAUGAAUGAACUGCUCAUCUAUGGGAUCCAUGUGACCAUGCUGCUAGUCGGGGGGCUGGGAUGGUGCUUCAUGGUAUUUGUGGAUAUGUAAAUAAAACAAGCGCAUGUGGGCAGAGAAGUGAUUCUUCUAUCCCAAAACGUGUGAAUAUUCUCUUUUCCUUUUUUAUAUAAAUUAAUUUAUUUAUCAGUGCUACUUUUUUUGAUAAAUUAAUGUACAUGUCUCUGGAAUUUGUAAUAUUUUUGAGGGUUUAGGUGCCAUUUGGGUUAUCAAAGUGCAAACCCAAUUGGGUGGUUUGUUGUCUUUGCACAGUGAAACUUAACAGAAAUGUCAUUUAGUCCAUAGGAGCCCACCUUGCUGCCGCUCCUGUAUUCCAGCGGGCUUG